CUUCACUGUUCCCUUUUUACUCUCAAGUUUCCCCACACACUGCAUCUCUGUCUCUCUGGCCCUCUCAACAUUUAUGGCAAGCAAAGCAGAACUGGUCUACACCGUGCUUGAGGUCCUGAUCGGUGUGGCAUGCUGCCUUGGUAACCUGCUGGUAAUCUGGGCACUGUGGAAGUGUGGUGCCGUGCGGCGGCAGCCCACCUUCUGCUUCAUCGCCUCUCUGGCCGUAGCUGACUUCCUGGUGGGGGCCGUGGUGGUGCCAAUGCGGAUUCUGGGAGAUGGCCGGAUCCAUUUGUCCUUCCAUGGCUGUGUGGCCUUUUGUUCGGUGGUAAUUGUUCUGACCCAAACAUCUGUCUUCUCCCAGCUGGCCAUUGCAGUGGAUCGGUUCCUACGUGUGGCCAUCCCUCUCAGGUACAAGACCACGGUGACCCUUUCACGCUGCUGGUGGGUGGUGACUGCAUGCUGGCUCACGGCUGCUACAGUUGGCUUCACUCCCCUCAUGGGCUGGAACAACCGCACCACCAUGACCCAGAACAGGACCCAGUGCCAGUUCCUUAACGUCAUGUCCAUGUCCUACCUGGUCUACUUCAGCUUUUAUACCCUCUUCCUUGUCCCCAUGCUGGUUAUGACCGUGCUGUACUGCAGCAUUUUCACACUUAUCCACCGUCAGCUGAGAAGUACCAUCAGUGUAGUGUCCCACUCCUACUAUCACAAGGAGCAGAAGCUGGCCCGGUCCCUCGUUCUUGUUCUGGUUUUGUUUGCCAUCUGCUGGCUCCCAAUUCAGUUAAUGAACAUAGUUACUUUUUAUGGGACAAAGUCGACAAUUCCCCGCCAGGUGUUCUAUGUGGGAGUCCUAGUUUCACAAAUCAACUCGGCCCUUAACCCAAUCAUAUACGCCCUCAAGAUCCAGCGUCUACGAGAUGCUAUAAAGACAAGGUUCAUUCUGUGCAAAGGUGAAAUAGAAGUAUCAAAGAGCAGCCAGACACCAGGACAUGAUCACAGCAGUAACCCUAAGAGAAACACAUGUGAUGAGCUUAAAACUAUUGACACAAUAGAUCAAGACUAAUCUAUUUCAAGUGAAAUAUUAAGUCUGAUGAAUCUCUAGUUUAGAAUAAUAAGGAAUGCAUUUUGGACUGCAUCGCUUUUCAAGUUAAAGCAACACUAAAGAGUUUUUUGUACCUUAAAAUAAUAUUUCCAAAAUCGUUUCAGUGGUUCAUCAACUUGUAACAGGGUGAACGGCACUUCUGCAUUCACUUCGCGGCCCUCU